AUGUCUGAUUUUAAGGACUGGUUCAAUAGUAUUCCCUUUUUUACGCGUUAUUGGCUUGCAUGCACUGUAGUUUUGAGCAUAUUAGGAAAAUUUGGAAUCCUAAAUUACUAUUUCCUAGUUCUGGAUUUCAAUGCAGUGCUUUAUAGGUUUCAGCUGUGGCGGCUAAUCACAGCUCUCUUCUACUAUCCGACAGGAUUUAAUUUCCUGAUGAAUUGUUAUUUCCUCUACUCAUACUCAAAGAGAUUAGAAAUGGGGAUGUUUGAAGGCAAACCUGCUGAUUAUUUCUACAUGCUGCUAUUUAACUGGGCAACAUGUGUGGUUAUAGCAUUAAUGAUUGAUUUACCGAUUUUAAUGGAUCCUAUGGUUCUGUCCGUGCUGUAUGUUUGGUGUCAACUCAACAAAGAUAUGAUUGUAUCAUUCUGGUUUGGCAGCCAAUUCAAGGCUAUGUACUUGCCAUGGGUCUUGCUAGCAUUUAAUAUUGUGAUGCGUGGAGGUGGGGUAACAGAAUUAAUUGGUAUCCUCGUUGGACACUUGGCAUUCUUCCUACUCUUCAAAUACCCUCAAGAAUUUGGUGGUCCUGCAUUAUUGACACCACCUAUGUUUUUGAAACAAAUGUUCCCCGAUACCCGCUAUGUAGGUGGAUUUGGUUCAGCUCCUCAAUCAAGAGCACCAACGAGACCGGCAACGGGUGGAUUUGGUGGACACAAUUGGGGCAGAGGGCAGACAUUGGGAGGGAACUGA